GCUGAUUGGCAUGUCAGACUGAGGCAUUCGUACGGAGCAGCGUCAGCCAGCAGGUCAUCUGUCGGUGUGGGAAUGAGAGGAAGUCGGAUGUGUUAACCUGGUAGUCCCCGGUACACUGCACCCCUCUGAGCGGUACUGCCCGACCGGCCCGGCGGCUGCUGUCGCUACCUUACUGGCUAGCUAGCUAGCUAACUCGCUCACUUCACCAGUUCUAGGCGGUUCAAGGGACGGAGGAAACGGGGCCUCGGGAAAGUACGACUCGGUUUGCAGCUGCCCUGCAGAUCCUAACACCCGGGUUAUUUUCCGGAGCUACAUCCUGCUGAGAUGGACAACCUAAGUGAUGCUUUGGAGAAGCUGAAGCUGGCGUCCAAAGACAGCGCCACGGACAGCGUGGACAGCUGUCUGGACUGCCUGCUGAAAGCACUCGCCAACAACCACACAGAGGCCAGUGUGAAGAUCCAGGAGAUGGGUGUUCUGACCCUGCUCCCCACCCUGCUGAGCCCCCAGUCCUCCUGCACCCCCAAAGUAGCCAACCUCAUAGCUGAGCUGGCCAAAAACGAAUUCAUGCGGGGUCCCUGUGUGGAGGCCGGCCUCAUCCCUCCUCUGAUUCAGCUGCUGACCUCCUCAGACCAGGAGGUGUUACUGCAGACCGGCCGCGCUCUGGGGAACAUCUGCUAUGACAGCCAUGAGGGCAGGAGUGCAGUUGACCUGGCAGGAGGGGCUCAGAUAGUAGCUGAACACAUUAAAACCCUCUACCAAAAUACUGAGCCGGAAAAUGAGAAGCUCUUGACUGUCUUUUGUGGCAUGCUGAUGAACUAUAGCAAUGAUAAUGAUUCCUUACAAGCUCAGCUGAUCAAUAUGGGUGUGAUUCCCACUCUGGUGAAGCUGCUAGGCAUCCACUCCCACAACGUAGCCCUGACAGAAAUGUGUCUAAUUGCCUUUGGGAAUUUGGCUGAGCUUGAGUCCAGCAAAGAACAGUUUGCCUCCACCAAUAUCGCUGAGGAGCUGGUGCGUCUGUUCCAGAAGCAGACAGAACACGAGAAGAAGGAAAUGAUUUUUGAAGUUCUGGCUCCACUUGCAGAAAACGAUGUGAUAAAGCUGCAGCUGGUGGAGGCCGGCCUGGUGGAGUGUCUCCUGGAGGUGGUGGCUCAGACUGUAGACGGAGAGAGAGAGGAGGACGUUGCUCAGCUCAAGACUUCCUCAGACCUCAUGGUUCUCCUGCUGCUGGGAGAUGAGUCCAUGCAGAAGCUGUUUGAGGGGGGGAAGGGCAGCGUCUUCCAGAGGGUUCUGUCCUGGAUCCCAUCCCAUAACCACCAGCUGCAGCUAGCGGGGGCUCUGGCCAUCGCUAACUUCGCUCGCAACGACGGGAACUGUAUCCACAUGGUGGACACCGGGAUCGUGCAGAAGCUUCUGGAGCUGUUGGACCGGCACGUUGAUGAAGGCAACGUCACCGUGCAGCACGCAGCUCUGAGCGCCCUGCGGAACCUGGCCAUACCUGUGGUGAACAAAUCCAAGAUGCUGUCAGCUGGAGUUGCAGACGUGGUGUUGAGGUUUCUGCUAUCAGAGAUGCCUCCAGUCCAGUUCAAACUCCUGGGGACGCUACGCAUGCUCAUCGACACACAAGCUGAAGCCGCAGACCAGCUGGGAACCAAUGGGAAGCUGGUGGAGCGGCUGGUGGAGUGGUGUGAAGCCAAAGACCACGCGGGGGUGAUGGGGGAGUCCAACAGGCUGCUGUCGGCCCUCAUCAGGCACAGCAAGUCCAAGGAAGUUGUUAAAACGGUCAUCCAGGGAGGAGGAGUCAAGCACUUAGUCACCAUGGCAACUAGUGAGCAUAUGAUUAUGCAGAAUGAAGCACUGGUGGCUUUGGGGCUCAUAGCAGCGCUGGAUUUGGUCGCAGCUGAGAAGGACUUUGUGGGCUCCAGCCUGGUGUCGGUGCUCCACAAGCUGCUGUCAGACGAGAGGAGCGCCCCGGAGAUCAAAUACAACUCCAUGAUCCUCAUCUGUGCCGCCAUGGGAUCAGAGCCUCUCCACAAAGAGGUCCAGAGCCUGGCGUUCAUCGACGUGGUGUCCCGGCUGCGGGCCCACGAGAACAAGACGGUGUCCCACCAGGCGUCGCUCACAGAGCAGCGGCUAACAGCCCAGAGCUAAAGGACUGUCCCCCCCCCCCACACCCCCCCAAUGCCUGCCUGACCACCUGAUCACCCAAUGACUCCCCCAUGACUGCUCCCCCCCCCUGCCCAUCCUCAUUUGCCAAGGUACCAUGUCUCGUUAACUGCCAGCCAAUCACAGUCAUUCCCUUCCCCCUCCACUAGGGUUAGACUGGUGUCUAUCCGGAUUGCCAAUACUUCAUCAUAAAAUCUUUAUUUUAAAUAAGAAUUGAAUCGUUGUAAGAGUGGAAAUGCCUCUGAAACUGUUUUUAGACUACUGUGGGACACCAACACUCUGAAAGCCAUAAUCAUUUAUUUUGGUUGGUUAGCACGUCCUUAAUGCAGGUUUACAAACCAACACUGAUCACCUUUCAUUACUGGUUUAUUUUCUAUCUUUGUGUACUGAUCAUCAGUCUAACCCUGGUCCCAUCGUGUACCGAGGCGCCAUAAACAGCCAACGCAAUAGAUAAGAGACUACACUCUUUACGACCAUAGCUGUGAGACCAUCCGCAGGUAACCCACCAGUGAAAAAUGUGCACAAAAGAACAAAAAAAACCUUCCUGUUGUGAUUUUUAUUUUAUUUUUAAGAAAAGCAGCCAACCAUGAUGUGCCCAGUCGUGUCCCAUGUAGCUCGAGUAUAAAUUGACUAGAAACUGUGCAUGUUUUAGUCCUGUUGAAGGUGUGACAGUGUUCAUUCGACCUCUCCACCGCCUGCAGAACACCGCCUGCACCCCCCACUCCCACCUCCAGUCUUAUACACUCCUUUUUGAUUUUUUGCACUUGUUAUGUAAGAUCUAGAGAUUUGUUCAGAUGUUUUAUUCCACUGUUGUGCAAACACAACAGCUAGAGGCUCCAUCCCAUCGCUGAGGACCAUGUGAAGCAAAUAGUUGAGAAAAGUCUACUUUUGUUAGUCCAGUUAAGCUGAGAGCGGCCGAGUUGAAGACCAAAAUAGGAAAUUGAUAAGUGAAAAUAAUAAUAUGCUGGUAGUCUUAUACUGCAGGUUGCUCAGAACAACAUCAAUCCAAUCAAAUCAUGGCAGUUUGCUGAUAAGUUUAACAUCUUGCGCACCCAGAUUUCUACAGAUAAGUGUUCCUUAUAGCACUGUGGUCAAACUAAGGAAAAUACCAAUCAAAAGAUUUUUUUUUUAAGUGUUUUUGAAUGGGCAUGAGAUCGUGGCGUUAGCAAUGAAGAGCAGCCAAGAACAUGAAAAGCUAAAGUAAAAGUAGGCAAAGAAAAUCACAAAAGUGUGUUUUGGACUGCAGGACAUUUUAAAGUGUGACAAAAAGCGUACAGUUUGAGAGUGUCGUGGAGCAAAGUCUGGGGUCCUGUGAGAGCAGAUACUGAGUGCAGACAGCAGCAUACAACGCUUUAUGUUGGACAGCUGGGUGUUCUAGUCAAAGGGAAUUCUGCUAACAUGCACACGUCAGCAUGUCCGACACGUUACGACGCUCCAUCAGCCACCAUGUUUCCUGGUCUGGGACAAUGCUUAUUUUCUUCUUGUUUUAAAAAAAAAAAAGGUAUGAAUGGUUAUUUAUCAGAUUUGUGCUCUUCUAAAGACACAUGCCUGUGGAGAUGUAUCCAUAGUAACUGCGUAAAAUACUAUAAACUUAAGUGUUUGUUGUAAAUGUCAUGAGUUGUACAUUUGGAGGAUUGUAACUCAGCAGAUAAUAAAAGAUGAUAGCUGGUGA